AUGGUGACUCUACAGCAAGAACAACUGCUCUCUGGUGAUCGUGGAGAGCCGGAAAAACAAAUGGGGCUCAACGGAGGUGCAGCCGAGACUGAGGAAACGCCGGACGCCAAAAAAUACGAUGCUUUACUCAAGAUGGUCGAGGAGGCCGGCGGCAACUGGAAGGUGGUCUCGGUGAAGGACCUCGACAAAAUGUUCACCAGGCCGCGCCCCGGACCCGUCAAGAUCAACCCGGCCGACGUGAAGCUGAUGUGCGACGAGCUGAUGUGCAACGAGAAUAUCGCCACCCGGCAGCUGCGUGACUUCAACGGUGACGUGAAGACGGCCAUCCUGUCGCUGAUCAUCCCGGAUGCAACGCGACUGCACCUCGUCCUCGGCGGCGGCCAGAAGCCCGACCAAGUUCAAGUGGAAGUGGGUGCGGAAGCGGAAGCGGACAGUGACCAAUCGACGGACGGAUCCGAAUCAUUGCCCUCCUCCAUC